GAAAAAAACACGCUUGGGCUAUAUUCAUCACCAACACUCUAAAGCUCCAUUGAAAAAGUAUCUUUUUUCCUCUCCUCUGUUUCCAUAACUCCCAGAAAACAAUCGAUGACUUCAGAAUCACCGAAUUCAUCACGUAAAGUUGUAGUUCAUCUUAGGGCAACUGGUGAUGCUCCAAUACUUAAACAAGCGAAGUUCAAGAUAGCAGGAACUGAUAAGUUUGCGAAAGUAAUUGCUUUUCUUCGUAGACAACUUCACCGUGAUACGCUAUUUGUGUAUGUAAAUAGUGCUUUCUCGCCUAACCCUGAUGAAUUAGUGAAUGACCUUUACAAUAAUUUUGGGUUUGAUGGAAAACUGGUGGUGAACUAUGCUUGCUCAAUGGCCUGGGGCUAAGAGGUGAAAAUCUGGUGGCCGGCGUUACAGGACACCGUAUGAACCAUGUAAAUCCCCUCUUUUGUUUCAGCUUUCUUUCCUGUCAUGUUCAUAUGUGGAAAAGAAGAAUAACUUUCAACAUUGUACAAAAUACAGAGGCUUGUUAUUGAAGUCAUCUUGACUUCAUUUCUUGAGUUCGAGCCUGCUUUGAACUCGAAUGAAAUUUAGGGGCUAUCACAAUAUUGUUCUUUUCUUUU